GGAGUGUAGCUGUCAAACGGUGGUGGAAUGUAUGGGAUUGCACUGGGCCCUACAUAUUAAGCGCGCAGUGUUACGCAGCGUUACGCGCUCAGUUUCCUGAGGCCUUUAGCACCACCGUUUCAACACCUUGGUAAAAAUGAGCGGCAAAGAGGAACCCGGGAAAACGGGAAAAUCGGAAAAUCUUUCCGAUUAUCAGCGGCGCCGGAUCGAGGAAAAUCGCCAGAAAGCGUUGAAUCUACGCAAGGCAAGAUUGCUGACCCAUCCGUACAACGGAGAGAAGCGCCAGGAGACAGCCGUGUCCGUGAACAACGUGAUUAAGGUAUCCGGAACAAAGUACGUUGAUAGCGGGGGCGGAUUCCUGAUCGAACAGCGAACGGCCGGACCGGAACUGCCUGAAGAGGAUGAGGCAAGUGAGCCGGCGCCCGAGCCGGAUGCAGUCCCCGUUCCUGUGGAGUACGAUGAGUGCCUCGAGUGUGGAGAUCGCUUCGCCGAUUCUUUUCUACUUAAUACGUUUGACUAUGCCGUUUGCGAUGCUUGCCGUGACCCGGAUGGCCAGCACUCGCUGAUUACGCGCACCGAGGCCAAGCAGGAGUAUCUGCUCAAGGAUUGCGAUCUGGACCGGCGGGAACCAUUGCUGAAAUUCAUAAGCCGCAAGAACCCACACAACGUGCGCUGGGGUGAGAUGAAACUGUACCUUCAUCUGCAGAUUGAAAAGCGUGCUCUCGAGGUGUGGGGAAGCGAAGAGAACCUGCUGCGAGAAAAGGAACAACGGGAGGAGAAACGUGAAGUGGCCAAGGUGAAGAAGUACAACAAACGUCUCAAGGAGCUGCGUAUGGACGUACGCAGCAGUCUCUACGAUAAGACUGUCCAGGCUCAUGUCCACGUAUUCGGUGAUUCGGAGGUGUACAACGAGGCCGAGGACACUUACACUCGCACCUGCGAAUCCUGCGGUCAUACGGAAACAUACGAAAAGAUGUAAACGGUUCUACUCUACUGCCAGGGUUUGUUCAAUAAAUUGCCCAGUUAAUCCACUCAUUCCAUUAA